GGGCCGGAGCGGAGCGUGUCUUCCGCCGGAAGCGGCCCGUGAGGAGAGCGAGGCCGAGGCGGGCGCGAGGCGGCAGCCAUGAACAUCCGGAACGCGCGGCCCGAGGACCUGAUGAACAUGCAGCACUGCAACCUGCUGUGCCUGCCUGAGAACUACCAGAUGAAGUACUACUUCUACCAUGGGCUCUCCUGGCCCCAGCUCUCCUACAUCGCCGAGGAUGAGAACGGGAAGAUCGUGGGCUAUGUCCUGGCCAAGAUGGAAGAGGACCCGGAUGAUGUCCCCCAUGGGCACAUCACAUCUCUGGCAGUGAAGCGCUCCCACCGACGCCUAGGGCUGGCACAGAAGCUCAUGGACCAGGCGUCACGCGCCAUGAUUGAGAACUUCAACGCCAAGUACGUCUCGCUGCAUGUGCGCAAGAGUAACCGGGCAGCUCUGCACCUCUAUUCCAACACGCUCAACUUUCAGAUCAGCGAGGUGGAGCCCAAGUAUUACGCGGAUGGCGAAGAUGCCUAUGCCAUGAAGCGGGACCUCACCCAGAUGGCGGAUGAGCUGCGGAAGCAGGUGGAACAGAAGGAGCGGGGCCGCCCAGCAGGGCCAGGGCCCGGGGAACCCCCCAGGAGCGAGGGCUGCGGGCCUGGUGGAGUGCCCCCCAGCACGCUGCCGCUCCCCCCCGAGGACAGCGGGGCCGAUAGCAAGGACGUGAGCGAGGUGAGCGAGGCCACUGAGAGCACCGAUGUCAAAGACAGCUCCGAGGCCUCCGACUCUGCCGCCUAGGAGGAGUUUGGGGGGGGGAGACACCCCCUUGUCAUUGUUGUCAUUCCCCUCCCCCCAACUGCGUCUGGGUCAAUAAAUCCCUCCCCACUCAC